AGAAACCGGAGCGGCUAUAUCAUUGGGGGCGGCUAUCGGGCACUUAUUGGGGGAGGGGCAAUCAUUCGCAAGCACCAAGCAGCAAGCAAGGCAGGGAAUUGGCUCGCGCCCGCUCAUGCAGCCAGGACAACAGACAUAUUUAAUUGCGCACUGUGGCCACCCAGAAAGCCCCAGCCAGAGAGUGGGAGGGGGUUGGCUGCCCACCUGUACAACCCAUUCCAUUGCGAAUGACGCUAGGCUUGAUGGAAUCUGUUCUCAAUUCAGAAAGAACAAAAACUUCAGGAAAGCCGCACAAAGCCCACUCUUGCAUCAUUCUCCACGGCCAAUCAUUUUCUACUAUGCGCUGGAUGUAGAUUCGCCCAGCACAAAGCAACAAGCAAAUUGGCACAAACACCACCAAAUUGGCCGGGUGUCUGUAUCCAAGCAGCAAAGCCAAAAAAGCGUGGAGAUGCCGAGCUGGCAUUAUUUACUCACUUUUGGCCUUUGCUUUGGCUUUGGGGCUUUAGCUUUAGCUUUAGUGAAUAUCACAGCCAAAGCCUCGCCCAAUAACAGCGCAAUAUAUCUAAAUUGGAGUAUCUUGGAUUUGUAUUCCACUUAUAUAAGGGCAUUUUGGCUUUAUGUGCACUUUUUUGUCUCUGCCUGUCUGCACAAUCCCAUCAACCAACCAACUGCCCAUUGAAUUUUCGUCACUGCCGCCUCAUUUAGCUUACAAUAACUUUGCCUUUUACACUCAUCAAAAACAUUUUUACACCAGUUUUUCUUUAUUUUAGUUGCGUCCUACUCUCCUACUCCUAGUUUAUUUUUAAUUAUUUCCGCCUCUUAUUUCCCGCUCUACUCAACGCAUCCCAUCCAAGGAUACCCAAAACAUUUUUUUGCAACUUGCAAGUACUUUCUCUGUUUGGUGCUACGCCAGACUGCAGGUUUGAACAUACACAAUCCCAUCAUCGUUUUUCGCUUUUUCGCUUUUUCAUUUUUUAUUUUUCGGCUGAGACAUAAAACAGUUGCAGUCUUGUCACCCAUCGUUUUUUGACAAAGCAGAAUUUUCACAUUCUACAUCUGAUUUGCUACCCUCUCCCCCCCU